GAAACUCAUCAGAUAUUGUCGGGGGAGAGGAACGGAACGGAACUCAGCAAAACGUAAAAUCGAAAUGGGUAUAGUAGCAGCGAUGGGAGUGUUGUUGCCAUUCCCUUUCUACUGGUGGCUAUGGACGAAUCCUCAGUCAUGGGUCAAUCUCUGCGGCCAAGGAAGAGACCCUUCCACGGCGAUGGCGCGUGUCUCUCACGUCCUCAAGGCUGCUCAACUCCUCUCUCUCUUCUCCGUCGCCUCUCUCUCCUGGCCUCCUCCGCUCUACUUCUGGCCCCUCAUGGCCUUUGGCCAGUUUCUCAACUUCAGGGUAUAUCAACUGUUAGGUGAAGCUGGAACAUAUUACGGUGUUCGGUUCGGGAAGAGUAUACCUUGGGUUACAGAGUUUCCAUUUGGGGUCAUCAGAGAUCCACAGUAUGUUGGGAGCAUCAUGUCUUUGUUGGCUUGUCUCUCUUGGGUUCCGUUCCAGUACAUCCUCCUCUGGUGCCUUGGUUAUGUUUUCAUGAUGCUUGUCGAGUCAAAGGAGGAUCCAAGUGCUCGUGCCAAAUCCGUCUCCUCAUGUUCUUGGCAUAAACCAUUAGUUAAUAGAUAGCUUCACUCCCAUCUUUCUUGUUUUGACUGUUUCUGUUCUCAGCUUUGUACCCAAACUGGUUUUACAGUUUCGUGGAGACUUUAUACAUUUUUUUGUUAAAUCAAAACUUUAGGGCAA